AUGUCUCUGUGCGAUCUAUGCAAGACCAUUCCAUGGGAGACUCUCCCUGAGGUUCCACCAGAUCUUCCCGGUAACUUGACUGGGCAGAAAUAUAUCCAGCCACUUGUGCGGUGGCCGCAGGGCACGCGCGGAUACGAGCACCAUCAGAGUCUAGAUGCUCUGCGAAGAUCAGCCUCGUCAUGCGCUCUUUGUAAGAUAAUUUGCUCAUCUGCCGAGAACGUGCAGAAAGAGCUGGAGGAACUAAAGCCACAAUGGGAAGCGAAAGAAAUGCACCAGUAUGAGUGGCCGACCUUUGACUUGUUCUUGGUCAAGAGGCGGGAAGGCGGCGAUGGGGCCUGGGUCAUGAGCUUUGUGGAUGGUGACAGUGAGCGGACGAAGAGAAGGAAAGAGAAGGGUCUCGAGGAGGCGUGGAUCAUAGCGGCGCUAGGGCUUUGCGUCCGAGAUGGUGACCCUUUGGAAGAGGUCAUUGAAGGAAGGCCUGUGGAAGGUGACGCCCGUUCAGAGACUGCAUUCGGGAGAAGCCGUCAAUGGCUGCAAAAUUGCGAGAGCCAUCCUACUUGUCGACCGUCCCAGACACUGUUACCUUCUCGCGUGAUUGACGUCGGCGAACUCGACAGUCCCGAAGUGCAUCUAUGGGAGCCCAUCCCCGAAGGAACCGUCGGGCAGUAUGUUUCACUCAGCUAUUGCUGGGGGGAUUCUCGAGAGUUCAUCACGACGCGAGCUACCAUGGAACAGCGAAAAGCCGGCAUCACUGUUAGCGAUAUGCCAGCGACAUAUCAAGACAUCGUCCAAUUGACGCGCGAGCUCGGUCUGCGUUAUCUCUGGGUUGACUCGUUGUGCAUUUGCCAAGAUGAACGCGCGGACUGGGAGAGAGAAUCCGCAAAGAUGCUUUCUAUAUAUUCCAACGCAUACCUGACGGUCGCUGCGGCUAGAGCAAAGGAUAGCGCUGAGGGAUUCCUCAAUGUACGCACUGAACGAAGCUUCGUAGAACUGGGCUAUACCCGCGGUGAUAUACACGGAAAGGCUCUUGCCUUUAACCUGCCCCUACGAGAAGAGCUUGUGAAGCACGACUACAUUAAUCUACCAAACGAACCUCUAUCCGAGCGAGCCUGGGGCUUGCAGGAGCGUGUCCUUUCUCAUCGGGUCUUGAUAUACGGAUCUGAUCAGAUGUUCUUUGAGUGCAAUGAAGGAUUUCGUGGAGAGGAUGGUCUCAGCCUCAAAGAACGGCACAAGUGUGCACACAAGCGCCUAGAAGCCGAGCCACGCGAUAGCGCCAGCAGCUGGCUCAAAGGUCUAAAACUCAACGAACGACCGAAGCACGAGACCAUGGAAGGGUGGUAUAGUCUGCUUUGGUUGUAUGGACCAAAAAAAAUGACACGUGCAUCCGACAAGCUGCCAGCCAUCUCAGGAGUAGCGGGUCUGUACGCAGAAAAGAUCGGCGAGGAAUAUCUUGCUGGAUUAUGGAGGGACCAACUCAUCGAGGGCUUGAUGUGGCAGAGCCUCAGCUUCCGGCGCAUGUCUGAAUACCGAGCUCCUUCGUGGUCGUGGGCAUCGGGCGAUGGAGUCCCAGCAAGUGGACAGACAGUUGACUACACUGAAAUUGCUGAAAUACUGGAUGCGAAGGUAACUCUCAAGGGUACGAAUCCAUUCGGAGAGGUUGCAGACGGAUGGAUCAAGCUUCGAGCUCCAUGCGAACAGUUGUAUCUGAUUCUCGAAGAUUGGGAUCCCGAAGCGAAGGGCCGCUACAAGUACGACAACAACGUAAAUGUGCGCACCAAGAGCGGUGAUCCCAAAGGGACCUCCUCACGCUUUGAUUUCGCUUUCACGGACGAUGACGCACCUCAAGAGGCGAAGAAGAUUGUGAAGAGCUUGCAAGGUGUUGAUAUCUUUGCUCUUUUCAUGUUCAGGAGCCGAUCUUGGGAUGCGGAAGCGGCAGAGGACGAGGGAACUUAUCAUGCACUGAUCGUGAAGCGAGUGGACGGGACAGAGAAUUACCAGAGGCUUGGUUUCCUGUUGGCAGACAAGGAAAUGGUGGGGAAAGAGCCAGAAAAGGAGGAUAAGGAAGGCUUUCCGACGAUCACCCUGGUUUAG